AUGGCGGAAAAUAUUGCCGACGAGAGCUCAGUUGGUGCAGCGGAGGCGGCUCGUAAAGCGCGCAAGAAGGAAAAACGCCAGAAAAAAGCACAAGACGAUGCCCUUACUGUUACCCAAGAAGAGACAUUAGUAUUAGAGGUAACGGAUAGAGGUGCCGAAGAAGAUCGCAAAGCGCGCAAGAAGGAGAAACGACGGAAAAAAGCUCAAGACGAUGCCCUUACUGUUACCCAAGGAGAGACACCAGCCGUAGAGGCAACGGAAGAAGGUGCCGAAGAAGCUCGCAAAGCGCGUAAGAAGGAGAAGCGCCUCAAAAAGCUAAAAUCGGCUACGGCUCAAGAGAACGAUGCCACAGUUAUCAUCAGUGAAAAUACUAAGGAUACUUCGGACACGACUAAACCAGAAUUAAAGGAGAAAGUGAAGACAGAAACUUCGAAAUCCAAAAGUCGAAAGAAGAAAAAGGAGGGUAGUCUAGAUAAAGUUCAGGAGACCUGUAUAACUGAUUCAUCAGCUCAACAUGAUUCUUCAAGUAAAUCUUACUUACAACACUCUGAUUUAUCAGCUCUUCCUCAAACAGCCAUCGACACCUUUUUAUCAGAAAAUUUUAUAUCAAUUUCCGAUCCCUUAGCGAAAACUUUGUCUUUGAGGCCCUUGAUUAAUUUUGCCUACCUCCCCUUUUCAGAUCCAGCACACCUCGCUCAUUUUAAAACUUUUAAAGCACCUACCCCAAUUCAAGCUGCUGCCUGGCCCUUUUUAUUUUCUGGCCGUGAUGUUAUUGGCAUAGCAGAAACAGGCUCUGGGAAAACGAUGGCUUUUGCUGUGCCAUGCUUAAAAAAGAUUUUGGCUCUUCCAUCUAAUCAGCGAGUUGACGGUGCUAAGGCAGUCAUUGUGUCUCCCACUCGAGAACUCGCUAUGCAAAGCUACGAACAAAUAGUGGAACUUUGCAAGUCUUCGGGAAUAAAAGCUGUUUGUGUCUAUGGGGGUGUAUCCAAAGACGAGCAACGAAGGUCUCUCAGGACUGCUGAUAUCGUCGUUGCUACACCAGGGCGCCUAAAUGAUCUUAUCAACGAGGGCUGUGCAGAUUUAUCAAGAGUCAAUUACGUCGUACUAGAUGAAGCAGAUCGAAUGUUGGACAAAGGAUUUGAAGAAGAAAUUAAAAAAAUUAUUCACACUACACCACCGGUUGCUAAGAGACAAACUCUCAUGUUCACAGCCACCUGGCCGGAAUCAGUCCGUGCGCUUGCGUCAACUUUCAUGAAGUCUCCGAUUAAAAUUGCGAUUGGUGAUAAUCCAUCCGGUGACCUUCGUGCUAACAAUCGUAUCGUACAAAAAGUAGAAGUAGUUGAACCUAGAAACAAGGAAUUCAGACUCUUACAAUUACUCAAAGAGCAUCAGAGUGGCUCACAGAAAGACGACCGUAUAAUCGUCUUUGCUCUGUACAAGAAAGAAGCAACUAGAAUCGAAAGUUUCAUCAGAACAAAAGGAUUCCGUGUCGCAGGCAUCCAUGGCGAUUUGAGUCAAGAGCAGAGGACAAGAAGCCUAGAGUCCUUCAAGAGCGGCAAAACUCCUCUUCUCGUAGCAACAGAUGUGGCAGCAAGAGGACUUGAUAUACCUUCUGUAAAGUUAGUUUUGAACCUCACUUUUCCUUUAACUGUCGAAGAUUAUGUCCAUCGAAUUGGACGAACUGGAAGGGCUGGUAAGGAAGGUCUUGCCAUUACCUUGUUCACCGAGCAUGAUAAAGCCCACUCAGGCAGUCUUAUAAAUGUUCUCAAGGCUGCAAAGCAAGAAGUACCAGAGUCACUUCUAAAAUUUGGCACAACAGUCAAGAGAAAGGAGCAUGAUGCCUACGGUGCAUUCGCUCGUGAUGUAGACAUGACGCAGACGGCCAAAAAAAUUAAGUUUGAUUAA